AUGACAUUUAGGUAUAAUGAUAUUAGAGUAUUUUUCUUUGUUUUGGUCUCAAUAUUUGUUAAUAUUGAAGGUCGCAGUAUCUCUCAAUUCUUAAACCAAGAAUCACAAGGAACCAAAUGGGCUGUCCUGGUUGCUGGCUCCAAUGGUUGGGAUAAUUAUAGGCAUCAGGCUGAUGUGUGCCACGCUUACCAAUUACUCAAGGAUGGAGGUCUUAAAGAUGAGAACAUCAUUGUAUUUAUGUAUGAUGACAUUGCUCACAAUAGAGAAAACCCCAGACCUGGAGUAAUCAUCAAUAACCCACAUGGCAAUGAUGUUUACAAAGGUGUCCCAAAGGAUUAUUUAGGUGAAGAUGUUAAUGCUAAAAACUUUUACAAUGUCAUCCUUGCAAACAAAAGUGGUAUUGUUGGAGGAAGUGGUAAAGUUUUGAAUAGUGGUCCAAAUGACCAUAUCUUCAUCUACUAUACUGAUCAUGGUGGCCCUGGAAUUGUUGCAAUGCCAAGUGGAGAAUUGGUUUAUGCAAAUGAUCUAGUUAAUGUGCUGAAAAAGAAGCAUGCUUCUGGGACGUAUGACAGACUGGUGUUUUACCUAGAAGCAUGUGAGUCUGGAAGCAUGUUUGAUGGUCUUCUCCCCGAAGGACUUGAUAUUUAUGUCAUGACUGCAUCGGAACCUGAUGAAGACAGUUGGGCAACAUAUUGUGGUGAGGGUACUCCUGAAGAUCCCUGCUUGGUUCAGUGUCCCCCUCACGAGUUUCAGGGUGUUUGCUUGGGAGACUUCUUGAAUAUAGGUGUUCAGGAUCAUCAACAGGUGCUCCGUUCAGAUCACUUUGCACUUCUUUCUAGAUUUGAUUUGUUUGCAAAGAAGUCUUUGCUAUCUAUAGCAUCGGCAGUUGGGAAACCAAUAGCUAUAGAUAAAGCUACUCAAAUCAAGUCAAGACCCAGCACGGCUAGGGUCAAGGUUAUACUUGAUCUAAUGGAAAAGCUUCCAAAUCGUAUAAGGUUGCAGUUUGUGGAUGGAAAAUCUGACUCAAUGGAUGUUGAUAUAAGUAAUAUUGGUGUUCAAACAACUACCGAAAAUAAAGGUGAUUGCAAUUACCAACAUGCUGCUACUAAUGAGAUGCAAUCAAAAGAAGUUGUGCUUAAUUUGAUGUCUAAUGCAACUAAAAAUGUAAGGGGGACACCAAGAGUUGGGGUUGAUGCGCUACGAGUUGGUUCAGGGUAA